AUGACGAUCAUACAAUUGAUAUUAAUUUUAUGCCUAAUAUCUUAUAUUAAUAAUAAUAUAUAUCUAUACUAUACAGAAGAUAGUUCAUCAGUAGAAUUUUAUGAUUGUAUAUAUCAAGAAAAUUUCUUACAUUGUCGUCGUCCAAUUGAACCUAUAUCUCUUGAACGAAAUAAUAAUUUAAAAGAAUGUUAUCAUAAUGGAACAUUACAUACAUUUAGUUCACUUCAAUCGAAUAAAAGUAAUAUUAAUACAAUAUUACAUAAAUGGAAAUCAAGUUUAGAAAAAGUCGAAGAAUAUUCUCGAUAUAUAAAAGAAAAUUUAGAUUCAAUUGGAAAUUUUUUAUGUGAAUGUAAUCAUCCACAAUCAUUUGGAAAAUAUUGUGAAUAUUUAUUACCAUAUGGAACAACUUUUACAAUGACACUUGAUUGGGAAAAUCAAAUGAAAUUUUUAUACGAAGAAGAAAAUCAAUAUUAUAGUGAUAUUUUAUGUUAUAAAACAUUAACGUGUAAUUCAGGUCUUUUAUGUCUUGAUUGGCGAGAUAUUUGUGAUGGAAUUCAGCAAUGUCAAUUAGGUUAUGAUGAAGAAAAUUGUGAUAAACUUGAAUUUAAUGAAUGUGAAUAUGAUGAAUAUCGAUGUAUGAAUGGAAUGUGUAUUUCACGAGAAUAUUUUCUUGAUGGUGAUUAUGAUUGUAUGGAUUUAUCUGAUGAAAUACAAUUAGUUAAUGAUAGAUUAUGUAUAUAUCAUGGAAUUUCUAUGGAAUGUGAUGAUCGAAUAUGUUUUCCUAAUACAUGGUCGUGUGGUGAUGGACAAUGUAUUACUAAUCGUCUUGCUUUUCAAAUGCAAUAUUCCAAAGAAAUUGAAUGUAAUAAUCGACGUGAUCAAUAUUAUAUGUGUGAAAUUCAUGCUAAUCGUCGUCAAUGGACAUUAUCAAAUGGAAAAUGUUAUUUUGUUAAAGAUUUUAUAGAAUUUAAUAGUCAAAAUCGAAGUAUAGAAGAAGAAUGUAUUUAUUUUACAAAAUGUGCUUUUUCAAUGGGUCUCGAAAAGAAUUGUCCAUGUAAAUAUGAUCCAUUAUGUUUCGAAGAUGAUGAUACUGAAAGUCCAUGUUCUUCAGAAAAUAUUCCAUAUCCAAAUGGAGCUAUUAUUGCACCUUAUCUCUAUUUUAUAUACAAUAAUACACCUGAAUGGUGGAGUAAAAUUCCAGAUUAUAUACAACUUAAUGGUACAAUAAAAUGUCGAGGAUAUAUGAUUAAUCAACAAAUGACAAUACCAUAUAUACCAAAAAUAAAUUUGAAAAAUCUUGAAGCAAUGCUUUGUAAUUCAACUGGAAUAAUAGAAAAUAAAGGUUACGAUAUAAAUUGUUUUAAUAAUAAUCAUUCAUCUUAUUUUCUUCAUGCAUGUAAUCAAUCGAAAGAAUGUAUUUCUCAAUAUCGAAUUAAUGAUGGAUAUAUAAAUUGUGCUGAUGAAAUGGAUGAACAACAAAAUCAACUUAUUUCAAACUAUCGACAUGAUCGUUUUCAAUGUUCCAGUGAAGAAUCGAUAUAUUUAUCAGUCAAUAAUCUUGGUGAUUUAAUACCUAAUUGUAAGAAUAAUUAUGAUGAAUGGUGGUUAGGAAAAGAUAUGAUGUUAUCACAAAUGAAAUGUAAUCAAAAAUCAAAAGAUGAUUGUAAAUUUAUACAACAAUAUAUUGCUAAUAAUCAUGAAAAUUCUUUCGUAGAUUUAUUUACAACAAAAAUUCCUUUUCGUACUUAUUGUGAUACAUUUUGGAAUUUAGGAUCAAAAUAUGAUGAAAAUAUUGAAUUAUGUUCAAAACAAUGGAUAUGUCUUGAUGAACAAUGGCAAUGUCAUACAGGACAAUGUAUUAAUGUAACAUGGGUAUUAGAUGGAGAAUGGGAUUGUAUAGAUGCAUCUGAUGAAGAAAGUUUAUUCUUUUAUAAUCAUUCAUUUUCACUACGAAAUUUAAAAGUUAUUUCAUUAGAUUUACUUAAAGAUAACUUCGAAUCUUUGUAUGGUAUAACAAAACAACCAUUUUCAAAAAUUUGUAAUUUAACUACAGAAUUUCCAUGUUUUCGAGUCAAUGCAUCUAAUUCAUUAUAUAAUAUUACAUUCAAACGACCUUGUAUCAACCUUCAACAGAUUGGAGAUAAUCGAAUUGAUUGUAUCGGUGGUAUAGAUGAACGCAAUACUAUUCAACAUUGUAAUUAUCCAACUAUGUUAGGAAAUGAUUUUUUAUGUAUUACAAGUAAUACUUGUAUUGAUAAAUCAAAUCUUUGUAAAAUUAUGUGUCCUAAUCCAUUGGAUAAUCAUUUAUUAUGUUCUACCGUACUAUUACAACCAGAUUGUUCAUUGUAUCUGAAUAUGAUUUGUAUGGAUGGUGAAUGUGUGGAGAAGAGUGACAUAUGCAAUAGAGAUCAUGAUUGUCACUAUGGAGAAGAUGAAUAUAUGUGUGAUCGAUCAAUAUCGAAACAACAAGAUUCGAUUAAAAUACCCUAUCGAAGCGUAAAAGAGUCUAUGGUAAAAAAUAUGUAUCAAAAUAUUGAUUUACCGAAAUUCCCUAUUAGUUCUAAUUCCAUCAGCAAUUCAAUAAUUCAAGAGAAAACAUUGAUGAUAACACCUAAAACUAUAUCAACAUCUUCAAAUAUUUCUUAUUAUUGCAAUCGUGGUGUUGGUGUUUUCCUAUAUAAUAAAUCGAUUAGUUGUUUCUGUCCGCCAUUUUAUUAUGGUGAUAAAUGCCAAUAUUAUAGCGACCGAUUUAGUCUAAUCUUGCAUUUAAAUCUUUCACAAUCUGCAUAUAAAGAAUCAACAAAUUAUACAAUAUUACUUAAAUUACUUGUUUUAUUUUUAUAUGAAAAUCAAACACUCGAUAUUCAUGAGUAUCAUGUUCGACCAGCAUUUGAAAUGAUUAAUUUUAAGAAAAAAAUCGGUUAUUUUCUUUAUUCACGUUCAAAACAAUUAUUACAAAAUAAAAUCAAAAGAUAUUUUAAUCGAUCAAAUAUUAUCAAUGAACAUCCUUAUUCAAUUCGUAUUGAAAUUUAUGAACUUAAAAUAAAUAUGAAACCGAAACUUAUUGCUAUAUGGAAAUAUUUAAUUUAUUUUGAUUAUCUUCCAUCAUAUCGUCUUACAAAAGUACUUCGAUUAAUUCAAUUAAACAAUAUAAAAAAUCCGUGUUCAAGUAAUUCAUGUAAUUUUAAUCAAGAAUGUUAUCCAUUAAUGAAUCAAAUAUCGAAUUAUAUUUGUUUAUGCUCGAAUAAUUUAACUGGAAACAAUUGUUUGGAUACAAAUCAAGUGUGUAUUGAAGGUUUUUGUGCAUUGAAUGCUUUGUGUAAACCUGAUUAUCGAAAUAUUUUGAAUGGAAAUGAAAUGCCCUAUUGUAUAUGUCCACUUAAUCAAUAUGGUCGUCGAUGUAAUUUAUUCUAUGAUAAAUGUCUUUCGAAUCCUUGUCAAAAUAAUGGUAUAUGUUUGAUUUCAUCUAAACCAGAUCAAUUUUCAUGUAAAUGUUCAUCACAAUUCUAUGGAGAUUUAUGUGAAUUACAAACUCAAGCAGUAACAUUAUUUUUAAAUGAAAGUGUUUAUCAUGAAGGUGCUGUUAUACAAUAUUUUCAUAUAAAUUUCUUUUCAUUAGAUCUUAUACUUACUCAUCAAGAUGUCUUUCGACAUCUUCCUAAUAUUUUAUCUUAUUUUUAUAUGACAAAAACAGCUCCGGAUAUAAUUAUAGUUAAACUCUAUUCAAAUAACGAAAUGAAAUUAUAUUUGAUCUCAUUGCAAUUGAAUGUUAUAUCAAUUAAUGAAACGACUUACAUCAACGAAACAAAUCAUUGUAAACAUGUUCGUUCAUUAGAUCAAAAGAAUCAAGAAGAAAUUUCUCCAUUCAAUUAUCAUCACCUUUGUAUCAAUAGACAUAAUUUAACGUGUUUUAUGGAUGAUAUUUAUUUAUGUAUUUGUAAUGAAAAUCAUACUCGUGUAGAAUGUUUUGUUUAUGAUAUAAAUCUUGAUCAAUGUUCGUUUUGUUUAAAUAAUGGAAAAUGUUUAAAAGGUAAUCAAUUUCAAACAAAUGAAUUUAUUUGUCUUUGUUCACAAUGUAAUCGAGGUUCAUUAUGUCAAUUCAAUACUGAUGUACAAAGUUUUUCAUUAGAUUCUCUUUUAAUUGAAAAUAAUUUCGAUAUAAAAAUAAUAUAUUUAUUCGUAGUUAUUAUUAUUUUUAUCAUUGGUAUACUAAAUAAUUAUAUUACUCUUAUUACUUUCAAACGACCCAAUCUAUUUAAACUUGGUGUAGGAAAAUAUCUUUUUUUAUUAUCAUUUAUAAGUCAAUGUUCACUUCUUUCGUUACUUAUUAAAACACUUCAAAGUAUUUUUGAAUUAUUUCUAAAUGAUUUAUCAUGUAAAAUCAUUGCAUUUCUACUCUCAGUUUUUACUCGAUAUUCAUUUUGGUUAAUUAGUUGGGUAACUCUAGAUCGACUUUAUUCUAUUCUGUUUCCCUUUAGUAAUCUUUUAAAAAAAUCUUAUACAACAUAUAUUAUAAGUAUAAUUACAUUAAUCAUCGUUGGUAUAAUGCAUAUUCAUGAACUUCUCUUUUAUAUUAUCGUACAAGAUCCUCAUGGACAAAUAAUAUGUGCUGCUAAUUUUACAAGAAACAUAUCAGUAUAUAAUCGUGUAACUGUAUUAAUUCAUUAUAUGGUUCCAUUUGCUAUUCAAAUUAUAUCGAUUACGAUAUUAAUUUAUACUGCAGCUCAAACUCGUUUACGUGCAACACGUAAUAGCAAAACAACAUUUACACAAGUUUUUAAACAACAAUUCAAUAACUAUAAAGAACUUUAUGUGACGCCAUCGAUUAUUAUAUUAAGUAGUUUACCACAAGUUAUACUUGCAUUUAGUUUGAAUUGUAAUGAACCAUUACAAUGGCAACGACAUGCGUUACUUAUUGUUUAUUUUCUAUCUUAUAUACCACAAUUACUCGGAUUUAUUCUAUUUAUAUUACCAUCGAGAAAGUUUUUGAAAGAAUUUCGAGAAACAUCACUUGCAAAACGAUGGCUUUUUCAAUGGAUAUUACCAAAAGUCAACACGAAUAAACCAAGAAUAAUAACUCAACAGCUAGAAAAUGGAUUUAUAAAUACUUCUAUGCUAUAA